AUGAAAGUACAGAUACAUGCUACAGAAAGCGGCAAUGAAGGUACACCUAACGCUGUAAAGAAAUGUUUCAUUGAUAGCAGUUAUGUGAUUAUUAAUGGAUGAUAUCUAACCAGUUGUAUUUGGCCGUCCCGGUAAAAUUUACCUGCCUCCCCUAUAUAUUUUUAAGACUUGUUGUUUUUUUUAACUUGAUUUGACAAAAUAGCUUACAUGGGGGGUCACGGGCACCCCAGGACCCCCACCCUAGUUACACCCUUGCAAAUUUCCCUGUCGGUUCACCAGAACUCAUGUAUACUCCAAGGUGGAGAGAACCCUAGCGAGAGCAGAGUGCCUUGCACAAGAACACGACAUGAGGACCUAUCUAUGGUUUACAUCCAGACAUACUUAUUGCUACCGUUGUUUCCCGAUUUCUAGCUGUCUUAAAGAGACUCACAGCGUCGUCUGAGAGGUGCAUGUCACCAGCUUACUUCGCUCGACUUCACCUCACUGGGAGGUGCUUUUCUGCUUGGUGCUCUUCGCCUCGUUCCUCGGACCCUUAUCCGUGGCUGCGCGUGAACUUGAGUAGCCCGCAGUAUAUUCUCUUUGUUGCUACGCAAGGUUCCGACAAAGAACAGGACAAGUAUCAUGUGUCGUCUUACUAUCUCAGUUAUCUUAAUGAGGACGAUGGAAAAGCGACAAACUACACAGAAAAUGGGAACUUAAAGGUAGAAAAGUUGAAAUCCAGAAGCUUAGGGGGUUGUAUUAUAGGCUGUUUAUCAAAAAGGGUCGUGAACAAUUGUAAUGUAGAAAAUGGUAUGCGUACAAUCUCAAGUUCCACUGCACUCAAGUUAAGGUGCGUAAUAUUUUGGGAAUAGCUAGGAUAAAGACUGAAAAAAAACAAGGCAUUUGACCGGAUCUCCUUCCUUAUCCCAGGCCCUCCCGUUCUUUAGUCUCAUUUGCAUCCUUUGUUUGCUCCUGUCACGCAACGCGUUCUGUCUCUACAGCGUUGCGUGACAAGACCCAACACGAGUUACCAAUAGAGGUCCUCCUUUUACUGCCUGAGUAAGAAAAGAGACAACCAAUUCUUAGAGAGUUUACUGUUACUCUGUUUUAUGUCUUAAUCACAUUUUUUUCAGAUCUUCGAAGGGAACUGGGAUGGAUCAACUGUUGUUAAAAACGCAAUUUUUAAUCCAUUCACCACCCAAUCCUUGACGUUCCAUAUUGUUGGCUCGAGAUCAAAUGAAUGUUGCCUAAGAGUUGAAAUUUACGGUCCAAGUAAGCUAUCACUUAUCAAAUGCCAUAUUGAAGAAAACUGACGCUUUUUUAUGCGCGUUAUUUCGGUGCAGUUGGAUUUUAUGGAUUUGUAAGGUUUUAAUUUAGAACAGCAUGUGACGAUGGAGUCCAAUUUGACGAUUUUUAAAACUUGGCCUAGAUUUAAAACUUGAGCUUGUUUCCGAGCCAAAUUUGUUCAGGUUACUCAAAUCCUGCUUUACUGUGAAGCACUAUGUAAAAGAGUGUCGUACAGAGGUCAGUUGAAAAAAAGGGGCACAGUCAGCCAAUCAGCCGGUCGAAAGUGAAAGAAAACCCACGUGACCUAUCUCAAAGCAAAUUGCACCUAGUUUUAAAGUCAUGUUUAAUAAAGGGGUACAAUCAAUCGAUUGAUCGGUCGUUUUGGAACUUAUUCUAUUAUUAAAUAGAAGCUUUUGGUUAGAGUCAUUACCUAGUUUAUGUCGUGUCUCCUUACACUUGGUAGAAUGUAAACAACCUCUUGGAAUGGAAAAUGGCGCCAUAUCUGAUGCACAGAUUACUGGCUCGUCCUGGGUGACUCCUUAUGAGGCUUAUAAGCCCAGCCGAGCACGACUUAAUAUACGACACAGUAAAGAGCCCUACAUGGCUGGGGGUUGGGUGGCUUCCCCGCAAGAUGCUGAUCCAUGGUUGCAGGUCCAUCUCGGUAAUGAAACUUUUAAAGUCACUCGGGUGGCCACGCAAGGGAGACAUUCUUAUAACGAGUGGGUAAAGAACUACAAACUACAGUACAGUCAGGAUGGUGUGAACUUCAACUACUACAAGGCACGAGGACAAACAAAUGACAAGGUAAUGUAGCCGAAAUUGAAAUAGAACAUUCCAUGUGUAUUACAUGUGUGUAAGUAUAGAGGAAACACGAGGAAGAGCGAUUGAGUAUGACAUUUUAGUUCUCCUGUCUAUCUGCGAUGGCAAAAGAGUUUUAGUAAGCCAUAAUUGCACAAGAUCUCUUGAAGCACCUCUCCCCCCAUCCCUGAUCUCCCGUGCGGCAUGUUCAAACCGAUCGUACAGGAAAAAUCUAACUUGCCGAGUUUCAAAAGGAAGACCUUGAAAACCUAGAAACAAAGAUCAUGACAUUUUAUUCUAUUAUUCCAGGUUUUUAAAGGAAAAGAAGACAGCGACAUUGUUGCUUACAGUGACCUCGAUCCUCCAAUCAGAGCGCGUUUUAUCCGAUUUAGACCGACAGCUUGGCAUGGCUAUGCAACAAUGAGGGUGGAACUCUUUGGUUGUCCAUCAGGUAACAGAAAUAAUUGAAUCCUGACUACAGCUACAAUAUUACAGCAGCGCGUCGUUACUUUAUUGUACGAAGGGGCCAUUCUUUGAUGUUCAACAAAGCUAGGAAUCUAUGGAUUUGCUAAAUCCUAUUUCUCCGUCGUGUGUUAGACAGCCCAGACGUUGUUCUGAUCUAUGCUUUAGGGCAUUGAGACAAUGUCGGAGAAAACUAAAAAAAUUGCUCUUAAAACUGCUGUUAGAAAACAGUUUAGAUAAAAUGACCACUUAUGUUAAUCUCGCGUCAAGUCGAUCUUUUGGAAUUCCUUCGGUCGAUUGAUAACGAUUUAUUCCAGUAGAAGACAGCCUUUUCUUCCAAAAUGAUUUUCACGGAAUCUAUGAACACGUAGAUGUUGAAUUGGGGUAACAAAAUGGUGGUUUCUUAAAGAAGGUAACUUUUCUAUAGUCAACUUUACUUUAUUGUGUUAGAAAGCUGCAACUUCUCUCGUUUGUCAGAUUUAGAACGGUGACAAGUCACGGCAAGUUGACUUGAACGAGGUGUAAGGAUUCAACGGGAACUGAGUCUGUGCCUCUCUAAGGGGACUCAGCUAUGAUUCGCCAAAGGGGGAGGGGAGAGCCACUCACGACGGUGAAUUAUAUUUCCCGCCCCUCAAGUGAAGUGGCUUAGAUUGCUACUCCACCAUGUUUGUUAGCAAUUGAAUGAUUAGCACUGGAAACACCGAUGCUGUGAAGAUUAUUCGCACACAAAGAAGGGCGCUGUUAUGGACACCCCGCCCCCCAGAAUCUUCCCUUUGGAUCCGUGGAUGUUUACUUAGGUCAUUUUGUCUCAGUUUGCAGCCCUAAACCUCUUGGGAUGGAAAACGGUGCAAUCUUUGAUAGUCAGUUAACUGCGUCGUCUUGGACCGUUAACGCCAAGGAUGCGCGACUUAACUAUCCCCGAGGUGGCGCCUGGGUACCAAAUCUUGGCCCAGGUCAAUGGCUACAGAUAGAUUUGCUUGACUACCACACAAGUGUAACCUCGGUGGCAACACAAGGAAUAUCUCUGGGGUACAGAAACCAGUGGGUGACGACUUACAAGCUGCAAUUUAAUAACUUAGACCACUCCUUCAAAUACUUUAAAGAAGAAGGGAAAAAUGAGGAUAAGGUAAAAUAUCGCGCGGAUAAUCUCGUACGCAGAUCCUACCGCGUAACUGUUACUGAAAUAUAGGUCACUCGACCGGGGAAGGUCUAGACUCGACACUAGCGCGCGGAUCUAAAUAAAAAACUUGAAAACAAGCAUACAGUAGUAACUCUAUGGUGAGACAAAUGUAUGAACUUCCAUAUCUAACGUGUUGUUAUCCUUUAUUUGGUUUAGAUUUUUGCUGGUAACACAGACGGAAAGUCUACUGUAUCACAUGAUCUAAACCCACCAAUAACAGCACGCUAUAUCCGUUUUCUACCGAUAACGUACCACGGAUGGAUAGCUAUGAGGGUAGAGCUGUAUCACGGCUGUGGACAAGGUAUGACCGUUUUCAAUCCUAACGGCUUUUGAAUUUCAUCAGGUCUGUAUAGAACGUUUAUAUGAAGCCUUGUGGGAGGCCCAAGAGGAGACCCGAAAGCCCCAAAUAAAAAAAAUCCAAGUCAAGACCCAGUGGGGUAAUUUCUGUUAAAUUAAAUUGAAUUAAUUUUAAGUUGAAGCUAAAGGUGCACUAACAACAUAGGAUUCAAACCGAAAAGGUGGGGAUUGUAGGGGUGGGGUAGGUGGGGCUUUACAUGCAAAGAUUAUACCAACAUUUUAAUGUCAGACUGGGGUUUGGGACCAUAGAAUGUAGGGAAGUAUUUUAUGAAAGUUAUCUAUCUAACGUAGCAUUGACGUUCUUCCACAGCUAACGAAGCGCAAGAUGAUACAAUCAUUUCGUGGCGAGAUACGAAUUCCAUCAGUGAAGACAAAGCGUUCGAGUUUAAACAAGUGAAUGAUCUGUUUGGACCCCUUUACCAGCUGUCCGUAACAUCUGAAAAUGAAACUUAUUCUCUGAACAUUCCAACAGUCCCCACAACCUGGCAUCACGUGACAUUCACGUGGAGCAAGGCGUGGGGAUUAAAAUACUAUCAAGAUGGCGCUCUUGUCGCAGAGACAGGGAGGUCAGAGAAAGGCAUAUCUGUAACAGAAGAGGGAACGAACGGAUUGUUUAUCAUUGGAAAGAGGGUUCUGACCAGUAUAGUAAGCUCUGCAGAUAAUUUUCAAGUUCAAGGACUGACUGUGUGGCCUCGCCUUGUCUCUCAAGCACAACUGGAACGGGAGUUGGAAACUGGUAAUUCCCUGAUGUUAGAAGCAAAUAAUCUAUUUUUUUUUGGUUGAUAGACAGUGCAGAGAAUUGUUUUUUUGUUCUAUGGAAUAAAAGUUCGAAGACUUUUCGAGCAAAAGAGUCAGGACCCUCUGUUUAACGUACAACUAUAGAACUGACGCUUUUUCUGUUGAUGUAGUUAGGAUAUAAAUUCACGCCAAAAUUUCCAAAUCAGUCAAAUUGUGCUAAAUGAUUGAAAAACGCUAUUUUUGUCGCAUUGAGUUUUAAUCCUUUGGAGGAUGAGGACAUCAUCCUUUUUCAAUCCCACAAAUACCUUUUUUCCUUUGUAGUUACCUGUCACAUUAUGGAUCAGUGUCUAAAGCAAACUUAUAACGACGAUUUUGAUUGGUCAUUCGGAAUAAACUGUACGAAAACUCCCGGCACAGGUCCAUGCAGUGAUCACGUGCUCAGCAGUGAAGGUAUGUGUUCAAUUUCUUUAUCGUACAAAUCGUAAAAAGGUUCUUUUUCUGAUCUUUCUGUUGUUAACUGGGUGCACACAGCGAUUUUGACGUACAAAUCGUGUAAAAUUGAGCACCAUGAGCGCCUGGGGGUGGAACGCAGGAUUUUGAUUCGCGACCAAUUUGCUUGAAACCCGUACACCCAUCUUCAAGUUCUAACAUUGGUUGAAGAAAUAUAUGCGAAACACGGACUUUACACCGGAAAUGAUUUAGGUGGCUGCUGAAUGGUUGUUAGGAAAUCAUUCUCAUAAUAAAAAUUUGUAACUUUUAAGAAUGUCUAACCGUUGACUGAUACCCUGUUUGUGCUUUUCAGUUCGGCGUUCAUUCAGUAACGCAGCUUUCAAAAGAAAAACAGAGCAAUAUGACAGAGCCAACUCUUCUCGGAUGGUGGUUGAUGGUGACUUUAACUCGUGGAGUGAACUGGAGCGUGUCCAAAAGACAUGGUGGAAAGUAGACCUUGGGCGUGAGGGCCUAGUGACUGGCGUGCGAUUCGUACUCAAGCUUGUAAGCAAUGGAAGCAACAUAGAGUCAAGUCUUAAUGUUAUAAUUGUGAGAGAGACUGGAAAGAUUAAGGAGUCUUUGUGCGCAACCUUUAACAAAGGCGAUAUCGUUGAAAACGAGGUUGCUUACAAGGUGUCUUCUUGUGGUACGCCGUUACUAGGGAGAUUUGUUAGGGUGGAGAUGACGAUGGAAGGUCACGUGAAAUGCAGCAGGAACCCAACGUGUCCAUCUCCAGUAAUGAAUCUGUAUGAGGUGGAAGUCAUGAUGGGUAAGGAUAUAGGCUCAUUUAGGGAAAUAUUCUUUCAAUUGUACGUCCUGUGUCGACCAAACAACGUUCAUUUUUCAUCUUUCGCCCUUGAGGUGGCUCAAAAUGGUUUCCUUAGUUUUUUUUCUCCAUCAUUUCUUUGAUGGAUCGUGUUUUCAAAAGGUUUCUGGUUUGUUUCUUGAAAAUGCCAUAAAAAAUUGUUCAAAUAUUUCUGAGCAAGUUGUAAUCGUUUUUCGCUAAAUAAAGUUAUCACAGCAACAUUAAAGCGCCAUAUAAUUACCUUGUGCAAUUUCAAUGAUCCCCGUUUUUGUCACUGAAUUGGAAUCACCUUAUCAGCAUUUAUCUGUCUGAAUUUUUUUAUCGACAUUUUAAGAUCAGUACUACCUUGCUCUUUUGUUGAUACAAGGGUAAAAGUAAUUAGGAACGUUGCUUGAACUUUAUUACGGUUAUCUUUUAUUUUUCCAACAGUACAAUCUACUGGUUUCAUUUACAUAAACACUACAUCUCCUCGCGUUAAAGGAGAAAAGGCUCGAAUGAUGACUCGGUACAUUUUACCCAGAUACAACUGUCUGUCAUUCUCGUACCAUAUGUAUGGAAGUCACAUAGGAAGGUUGAAUGUAUAUUUCAAGAGUUACAAGAGUUCUGAGAUUCUUUUGUGGAGACUACAUAAAGCGCAGUCCAAUAACUGGCAUCAUGGAGAAAUCUUCAUUCAAACCAACGACACCUUUCAGGUUUGGCUCUUCAGUUGAAAAUUAUUUUCAUACGCAAAGUUUAAACGGGAUUUACUUAUGUAUAUAAUGAUGGCUUUAAGAAAACCGUAUCAUUUAGCAGCUUCAGAGACAUCUAUUAAUGCGAUACAGGACCGUAAUAUGCAUGGAUAGGCACGGUUGUCUGAUAAUUGGUGCACUGAACCACGGUAGGAUCAACAGACCUGGGUUCGAACCUUGAUCAUGUCUUGCAUCGUGACAUUGUGUAUCCCGCAUGAUCCUCCUUCCGUUUCGUAGACUGAAUUUCGCUUAUUAGGGCUUUUUAAUUUUCUCUAUUAGAUAAUAUUUGAAGGAAUUGUUGGGAAUGGAAAUGAAGGCGACUUGGCCAUCGAUAAUGUGAUGUUCACAACAAAUAGCAACUGUUCAAUCACACCUCAUGACGCUAAUCCGUCACUGAUGCAAGGUAAGUACUGAAGUGAUUAAGUCAGAAUCAAGACCACAAAGUUUAGCUGCACAAGUGGUAUAAAUUCCGUAACAAGGCUACCUUUUCUUAAAGAAUGUAACCUAAGAAAUUUUUUUCUUAUUUGUCUCUGGUUUUCCUUUUUUUCCACAAUGAUUGGACCCGCCGUUUGAAACGAGCAAACUUAAAAUUAUUCUCCCAGGUUUCAGAUCUGAUAUCAUCGGCCACAUCCCAGCAUACCAAGCGCGCCUCGAGAGCUGGUUAACGUCUGUUAAUUUUCAUGGAAAGCUCUGGAAGCCUUGCUACAGCGCUGCCAAAGAUGGAUGGGACAGUAGUAUUUUCCACGAGAAGUGCGAUGGAAAAGGAGCCACUUUGACAAUUGCCAGAUUUAACAAUACCAUAUUUGGAGGAUUUACAGACCACAGCUGGGGAAGUAUGUUGUUAGAGUGAAAUAGUCAUUCAUGGCAGAAUUCAUAAGAGGAUGAGAUAAGGGGGGGGAGAGGGUGGAGAAGGGGCAUAAAAGACUGUAAAAACCGCUUUUCCUUACGCUCAAAGGGAUGUUUUGGCGGGAAUUAUUUUCUACAGUAAACGGUUUAAAACCCUGGGUAACAUUAAUAUGAUCGUGUGGUCUGAUCGUGUGGGUGAGGGUAGUCCUGUGAAGGACUGUUGUCGGUAGCAGUAACUGUUAUGUCGACAUCCUAAGUGGAAGACAUCAUCAGAGUCAGGAGAAGAGGACAUGCCAGUUGAGAGGUAGAAGUCCAUUUCGUGUAAACUGAUUGGUCGGUUUCGAACGUGAUGUUAUUGGCUCAAAUGUUGUAAGUUGUUCAUGAUUGGUCAGUUUCGAUUCGUCGGUCGUAUUUCGGUUCGGUUCGUUUUUUCUCGUGAUCUCACAGAAUUACGUCUUACAAGUAACCACAAGUGACCACAAGUUUUGACUAGGAGGUGGGGCGAGAUAAAGCUAUAAUGUUAUUCUGGAUUGUUAUGUGACCUCAUGCUGACAUACACAUUUUCUUUUCUUUUCAGGCUAUCCCGAAGGCUACCGUAUCAGCACACAAUCAUUUCUAUUUCGUUUCGACAAAAAGAUAGGCCAACCAUUCGAGAACCAAGUUCUGGGGAUAAAACAGGUACAUAAAUUAAUUCAGUGGAGAAAGGACAGAGGACCCGUAUUUGGAGUGGAAGAGCUGGUCAUUACAUCGAACAUGAAACAAGCUACAACCAGUAACUUGACAAAUUACACUCAUCCAUCAGGUUCAGAUAAAAAUGGCUCAUCGACUGAAUACUUACUGGGGGAAAGAUUCGUUUCUCUUCACGCUGUAGAAGUUUUAGCCAUAGGAGGUAAUCCUAGUGUCACUUGUCUACCUUAUCGUAUCAAAUUGGAAGGAAAAUGAAAUAACUACACGAUCAAAACUUAAACUUGUUUGUGGAAGUGACCAUUGAGAAUAACAAACCGUGCAGUAGUUGUGAUUGGUUGAUUCAGCUCCGGUUCGAAUUGCGCAUGCUUGCAGACAAGUCGUCAGUUUGGAAGGUUCGCUUCCAGACUAAAGCAGAGAAAAACCGUUUUAACUAAGCAAAAAUCGCCUUUGCUAAGAUAAAUUUAAGGCAGAAAUGGCUAAUUAUAAUUCAACAUGGAAUGAGAUAAAGAGGAUAUGAUCUCCUUACUCAUGUUAACUCUUAUGUUGCUACCUUCCGUAAAAUAAAGCCAUGGAGUUUUCAUUUUCGUGUCAAAAUUUUUCACGCCCAUCGAUUAGCGUUUUCACGGAUUUUUCCCAUUUCUUACCAUGAUCGUUCGAAUUUGCCCCUUUAUCGUAGUUUCCUUAGAUUUCACUUUACUCCUAAGCCGUAAUUUAUGUCCUUCAGUUUUUCCCGACACAAAAAUGUCGUUGUGUAUAAUGACGGCCAUUUUUAAUACUUCCUUGCAGAUACACUGUGUCAGAGUCAAUGUCCAUUGUACCAGUGCUGUGAUGAAGUCAUGGGUUGGUGCAAGUGGGAUUCCGCUCUGAAAGAAGCUCGCUUUUGUGGUAUUGGUAAGAUGCCUUUCUCUCUUUAUCACAAGGUCCGAGUAAUACCUAUAUUCUCCUCAAAAUGUUAUCAUAUAGUCUCUUGCUGAUGUACUAAAAAGAUAAGAAAUAAUUUUUUAUGAGUAACGUAAAAAAGGCAGUCUGAGACUGCCUAAGGCUUCAUUGAAAAGAACCAGAGGUUGUAUAGUGAAGCUAGCGGGUGGUUUUGCAGGAGUUUUGUAUUUAUAUGCAAAACAGAAAACUUACGGCAUCCACAUAUUUAUGAGAACCGUUUCCCACAAGAGAAAGUUGAUUCAGGAAUAUAGCAACCAAUUAUUAAAUAGUAUCAAAUUAUCAUACUGACAAUAGUCAUUAUGAUAAUAAUAGUAACAGUAACCUAAAGGGGCUCGCUUUAAAGCCUCGCGGUUUUCCCAUCCUCUGGGCCCCAAAUAAUGAUUAAACUAUUCUUCUUUAAAUUCUGCCUCUAAGUUAUCAAUAAUUUUCUUAUUUUGAUCCAAUUCCAUUUUUGUGAGACUUUUGUUUUAUAUUACAAAGCAUUUCGCGUUUUAGGAUAUUCCGUCAUUUCGCUAAGAUCCUAUUUUUAAUUUGGAAACACGUGUGUCAAAGUUUGGAUUUUGGUCACCAUUGUCCAAUUUGAGGUUUUGGACACUAGUGUCCGAUUUUGGCUUUAAAUCAUUAGUGUUUGAUUUUGGAUUUGGACACUAGUGUUCCAAAUUUGAUUUUAGACACAAGUGUGAUUUUGGAUUUUGGACAUUUGCGUUCGAUUUUGGAUUUUGAACACCAAUGUCCGUUAUUUCAUUUUGGACACUAGUAUCCGAAUUGGCUGUUGGACAAUAGUGUUAGAUUUUUAAUUCUGGACACUAUUGUCCGAUUUUGGUUUUUGUCCAGUAUAGAAGACAGAAACCGAAAAAAAUUUGAAACUUAUUAGGGGAGCAGUCAGACUGGAUGUGACCCUUCUUGUUAGAUAUUCCUGAAUACGUCACCUCUUUAACGUAACACUUGCCUCUACCACAACAGAUACCUGGACUUCCUACUGGCCUCUGGACAGUCACGUGAACAUGGUCAACCUAGGUGGGGACGAAUGGGGAACAUUUGAAGGUGCUGUGAGUACCACGCAAGGGGCCCGGCUAGGAGCUGUUCACACCGGUGGGGAGGGUGCGGUCAUAACACUGGGUGAAAUCAACGACAAAUGCUUCACUGAACCUUCGUCCUGUAAAAACAGCAACAGUUUUUCCGUAACCCUGUGGUUCAGACACAGGACAACCUACUUAAAUCAUAAUAAUACUGUACAACAAACAUUCCUGUCCAUUGGAGACAAUGAAAACAUAGUAUUUAAAAUAUUCCGGCUGGCCAAGCAGACAGAAGAACAUCUCGCUGUUGAAGUAGCUGUGUCGUCGAGAAAUUGUCGUUAUGUCUUCCCCGUUCCAAAGUUUUUAUGGUCUCAGUUCGCUUUCGUGUGGAACACCACGGAUUUGAAUAUUUACAGAGAUAAUGUUGAGGUGGAAAACUUUAUUGUCACAGAUUGUUUUGCAAAAACUGACUUUUCCCCUCAAAGGGCAGUAGUAAUCUUGCGAGGUGAUGCAACGUUUGACGAUUUGAGGAUUUGGAGCAGAACACUCGAAGCAAAAGAGAUCGAGGAAAUGUUCACAUGUGUAAGAGGUAUGCUAAAUUCCCUGGGUGGAGUGCUCGGGUAGGUUUAUAUUCGGUAGGUAUGAUUCAACCGGAUGUUCUAUAUUGGGCCAAUAUUAAUUAAAGAAUUUCCUCUAAAAAUGGUGGAAAAAUUGAAUCUUCGUUCUAGAUCAGGAAAUUAAAAAUAUCGACCCGUUGAACGGAGCAGAUCUAUAAUUAUUUUCAUGGGAUUUACCGUUCCUCCAAAGGGGUAAAGACGACUAAUUCUAACCCAGAACCUAAGCCGUCUUAGUUCAGUCGAAAAUUGCUGUUCCUUGCUUCGUGUAGAGUGCUUCUUACUGAUUUUCCACCUGAUAAAAACCUUAUAUAUACCUUACAAUCAACUUCUCUUUGGCUCAAUUGCUAAAUUGUACAUUACUGUAAGAGGGUCUCUGUGGGGUUAAACGUUAGCUAUAAAACGGCCAAGAUUAUUGGCCGUUAGGCGGGAAAAUUAACAAAUUUAUGCCGUUAGUCGUAAAAAAAUUAACUGUUAAGCUGUUAAACUCUUCCCAUCUUCGAUUUGUCGUUUAAACCGUCACCCAAAGACACCCAAUUAUAAAAAAGCAAUCCGCCGUUUUAAUCUGAGGAGUGAUUUUCUUGGUCUACUAAGAUUCCUCCUUUGUUUCAUCUAACUUUAUACACGUAUUAGCUUUCAUUCUUUGUCUUUAAAAUAGCUCCACCGUGGACGUGCAGUACAUCAGACUGGACUGAAAGCAUAAAAACACAUGGAUUGUCAAAUUGUUCAGAGCCCAACUUCCUGCUGAAUGGAUUAAUCAGAGGAGAGAACGGCGGCUUGGAAGAUUACAUUGAUCGACUGGAAGGUGCAAUGUGUUGCUCUGCGCCAUUGGAAUACAAAGACGACGACUUAAAAUGUCGUAAUUCUCUAUACAGCAACAGUUCUGGGUAACUAAUGACUAGUAACGCAAUAGUCUUCAGUGAGAAGUCAUACAUUAUGGAGACCUUACUCCAUUGAGACCCUACCAAUAGCGUAAUCAUAAUUAUAUCUGAUAGUGGAGUUAGUAACGUUAAUAAUACAUUGAAUACAGUUUUACAAAAACCCGAGAAAAUUAUGCUAUUUAACUUUGUAUAGCUCCCAGAAUGUCUUCUCUUUCCGCAUAGGAAUUUAUUUUUGGCACGUGUUGAUAGAGUUGUUUCUAUUGUUUUCGUUUUAAGUUUUUUUAUUUAUUACUUGAAGCUCUCUCUUACUCAAGCAAUAGACCGCACUUCCUGUCGGUUAACCGGCGUAAUAACCCAUGGCGGGACCAAUCAGAGCGCUUGUAGCAUUUCAUUUAUUUUAUAAAAAUUGAUAGACUGAUUCCGUCAAAGACGCUAAGGUUAUUUUUGACUCCAUUUGCUUCAAAAUUUAUCCAUAGCCUAUAAGCAUUUCUUUCUUUUACCCCUUCAGAAAUAAUUUACACUUCGACUGUUAUUAUGGCACCUUCCUCCGUGGAUUUUACCGCCAGGGAAGUUUACCAGCUACCUUCGAUGUCAUCACAAAAGGCCAAUGCUGCAAGCAUCGUAGCGCCCCAUCCACUUAUCGUCAGUGUUACUCUUUUCAAAUCAGUGACUUUAAUAGACCCGGCCUGACUAAGUGUGAAGAACAUUACUACAUGGCGGGUAUACGCGUGGGCGCCUGUAGACAGUUAUACUGCAUCAAUCUGAUUAGAUGCUGCAGAAUGAAAACAGGUAAGUACAGAUUCUUCAGUUUAUUGACUGACUGAUUGGUUUAUUAGUUGACUGAUUGGAUGUCUGAUCGGCUGACUGACUGACUGACUGACCGCUGACUGAUUCAUUUACUGCCUCAUUGCUUAACAAACCGACUCGCUCAUUUGCUGACACUGAUUGAAUGACUGACCGGUUGGACAUAUUGACUAAGGGAGGGGCGGGGGAGGGGUGGGUUGACAUAGGGACAAGGAAUCAAGGAAAAGACAACCAAAUUGACGAAAGUAUGGACGGACAGACAGACAGAUAGACGGAAGACGAACAGAUAGCCAGACAGACGUACAAAUAGACGAAGGGACAGACGGACAGACAGCCAGAAAGCCAGAAAGCCUGACAGACGUACAGCCACACAGCCACAGAAGACUGACAGCCAGACAGGCAUACAGCUAGCCUGAUGGCGUGAUAGCCUUACAGCUUGACAAAGAAGAAUAGAUAAAUGAAUAGAUAGACUGACAGACCGACGUACAAAGAUACGGAGGAACUUCAGUAACUCUGGCUCUUUUAAUUUCUUUCCCUUAGAUGAACGAGAUGAUCGAAAUCUUGAGAUUAGUCUGAAAGUAAAUUUGUUGGAUGAAACAUGGAAUGCCAAUCUAUUGAAUAGUUCGCACGACGAUUUUAAUGAACUGCAGGGAAAAAUAGAAAAUAAUGUAAGUUCUGAUCACAUUUUUUGUUAAAGUAAGGGCACUAUCUAUUUUUGGGCUUUGUAUCUGAACAGAGGUCAAAAUUUCACGUUUAAAACUUUUGUGCGUAAAGGUGAUCGGAUGAUACAAUUAUUUGAAACAUUUGAGGCAGAUGUAUCUUACAUCAACUUACUAAUACACUUAUUAUAUUUUUUUGCAUUUAGAUCAAGGAUAUUUAUAGCAAGGCUAAUAAAAAGCGUUAUUUAGAGGGAAUACCAACACCAACCUUUAAGUAAGUAUUUUAAAUUCAAAAGCGAUAACUGAAAGCUCUCUAAUAUUUCAUUGUAAAUCAGGUGAAAGAACAAAAAUUUGGUUUAUAUCAAGAUGGGUUGAUUUCCCACUUUUGACGAACAUACCUCUCUAUUUCCACAACCGGGCUCAGUCAAAAUGCUUCUUUUCUUAAUCUAGCCGAAGAUCAAAUUGUUUCUUCUCAGACUACUUUCCAUUGUUUUAUUUCAGGUCUGGCAGUCUCAUAGCAAGUUUCAGCAUGAUUUUUAAUGUUCCUCAGUACGAUUUAAUCUCUCCGCUCCUGGAAGUUAUCAACAAAACAACAGGACCGAAAGAAGUGAAUAAACUUGGAAAUAUGGCAAUACAGCUCUUAGAAGUUAAUCCACUCAACGGUGGGUUUAGAUUCAAGCAUGUUAUAGUUAAAUGGAAGAGUUUACUUUGUUCUUUCUACAUAAGAACCUAAUAGUCAAGAGACGACCACAUAGUUUGUACACGUUCAUCAUUCAUCGCGUAUCUACAGCAAAUUCGGUUUUGAGGUUAACCUUGGAAUAACAAACCGUUCGUUAGGCUUUGACAGUCGACCCUUUCCUCUCUCCUAUACUCAAGUACAUACUCCCCUCCUGUUCGACUGCGACUCCUAUUUUAUACAUUUAAAUCUCUGAUGACAUUUCUUCUUCGCAGUUUACGGCAAAUCUUUAAAAGUGACUGUCACCUUGGCUAACAGCUCAACCUUUCAACUACAGUGGCAAUUUGCUGAGGACGAUCCGAAGUAUGGGACAUUUCAAGGGUAUCAAGUCUUGUACCGAAAAAUCAGUGAAAUUACUGAUGAAUUCUUACUGAGUAAUGACAUUAAGGAGAACAUUACUCAAGCUCGGUUCUCUGUCAAAGAAGAAUGCGAGUUAUUUGAAUUCAAGGUCCGUGCCUAUUCUUUGGAGGGAUAUGGAAAACUAAGUGAAGCAGUCAACGCGUCGACUCCUUGUAAAGGUAAACGCAAUUUUCUGUCGUACUUAGGGCGUUUUUGUAAUAGCUUUGUUAUCACAAAGCCAAAAGAAUAUCAUCGGUCAAUCAUAACCGAACAAUUUUCGAGUAAGACCCUGCAGCCAUGAGUGGAAUAUUUUCCUUACGCGUUGUACGAAGAGGAAACUAACAAGUCAAAAUCUUUGCCUUUUCCAGCCGUUCAAAAUAUUACUGCGACCGCGAUUACAUAUUCAACUAUCCGUCUUGAUUGGAGCCCCGUCAAGGGAGGUCUUUUUACCUAUUAUAACGUGACGUAUUCGAUUACUGAGGCGAGUCUUACGUGGCACGAGGUGGUUGAGCGGAGUUACUCUUGGGUAGAUCUUGUAAAUCUUCGUGGAAUGACAAAUUACAGCAUGAAAGUUGGUUUGAUGUUAGAAGAUGGUUUCACUCUCUGGAGUGAGGCUGUAACGAGUGAAACUCCUGAAGGAGGUAAGGAACGAGUCAAUCGGUUACCCGCAAAUACUCUUGGAAGGAGAGGGGGUUGGCGACCGGUAUCUCCCCUUGCUUCGAUUGCCGGAACCUGCAUCACAUUAUCAUCAUUAUUAUCAGCAGUUUUACUAUUUUUUGUUGUUGUUUUUAUUCACACCAAUUUUUUUGAAAAAUACAAAAAUCUGCAAGGAAAAGCUUUGUUAUUCGACGAAAAAAGUCAAAGGUACAAGAGCUCAGAGACUACGACCUGCUGGCCCAUCAAAAAUAAGGAAUCGCAAUAUAUAUGAGAUUAUAAUCAGUUUAUGAACUCAUAGACUAUGACCUGCUAGCCAAUCAAAACUAAGGAAUCGCAAUGAACAGUGAAUACUCCACGAUAUGAUGCAGUAGAGUCAAGGGCGGUUUUUAAGGCAGAGGAUAGGACAAAAAUAUUCCAAAAACCCUCACUUUCUUACCUCGUCAUUUUGUGUUUUCUUUCACCAGCUCCGAGCGCUCCACCUGAAAAUGUGAUGUCCUACAACCUCAGUGCAACUUCUAUUUACGUCACGUGGUCUCCGGUUCAAGAAGAGUUCUUGAAUGGAAUCCUUCGUACUUACCAAGUGUUCUAUCGAAAUUCGUCAGAUACAAUAUCGUCCCCGAUGGAAAUAUUCUUAACAGUUUCAUCGCCAUCAGUAAACAUUUCAGAUUUAGAUAAAUUCACGGUGUAUUCUGUGUGGGUGAAGGCGGUUACCACAGCAGCCGGUCCCAGCUCUAUCGUUGUCAACGUUACCACUGGCGAGGACGGUAAGAUUUUCUUCUUUCAUUUGCACGCUUGAAACUUCCACCUUAAUUUGAGUUGUAAAGUAGCUAUAGUUGGGAAGCUUGAAAUAUUUAUGGUAGAUUUCUUGGUUGAGUCGUGUGUAAUCCGUCUAAAUUUUCCGCCGCGCUGACGAUCUUCUUUCUUUAUGUUUUUGUCUUCCCAAUUAUUUUUUUCUACCUUACCAAAGUAAACGUGUGACUUUUUAGUUGCUGAAAGUAAUCCUGCUCUUCGCUUACUUUAUUCUUCCUUCAAUUUCAUUUAGUUCCCAGCUUACCUCCCUCCAUUUUAUCCGCGUUCCACCUGAGCUCCACUGUUAUCCGUGUUGUUUGGGAUCCUAUACCUACCGAACAUAUCAACGGCUUGUUGUUGGGUUAUCACGUGACUGCUCAAAAAGUUGGCAGAGUAAAGAGAAGUGUUACCAUCGAGACAUUGAAUGCAACAUCCACGUCAGUUGACUUAACAGGACUUAGCAAAUUUUCUGAGUACAAAAUAUUGAUCAGCGGAUUCACUAGUAAGGGUGACGGGAUUGAAGCAGAGAUCACAAGCUGGACUGACGAAGACAGUAAGUGCUCAUGGGUCCGUUAUUGACUUUCUACUUAUAUACUUCGUGAACACGACAUAAUUUAAUUUUUUCGUAAGAAGCAGAAAUCCAGAUGGCAUUGAGGACUUACCAGUUGUCUAAUAAUAAUUUUUCUUAGCCUACUUGGUGAUCGAUUGAGGGAGAAUGACUUAUAAAGUGACCCAUCGACUUGUUAGCUGAUUGUUUAUCUGACCAAUUGAAUGUCUAAGUAACUGGAGAGACUUAAACUACCCCCUUUUAGUCACUGAUUGACUGGCUAGUUUACUGUCUGAGAUUUUGGACACUACAUAAUGUUUUCUCUUUUUCUGGUAAUCAGCUCCAGACAGCCCACCAACAAAUCUUUCUGUACGGAACAACGGAAGCUUGACUUUGGAUGUCUACUGGAAUCCAGUUACCCAAGAGGACCGCAAUGGAAUAAUUCUUGGCUACAGUGUUUUGUUAUUCGACGCCUUGGGCGUAUUUUUAAGAAACGCGACGGUUAUGAAUUCCACCCAGUUAUAUUACCAGUUCGAGGACCUUGAGGCAUGGACCAACUACUCAGUGAAAGUGAACGCGUUCACAUCUAAGGGGGCUGGGCCAGUUAGCUCCAGCAUUUUUGUACAGACAGGCGAGGACGGUAUGUUGCAGUACCACCAUAUUAUCAACCAAUAUUACGUCAGACGAGGCCAGUCAAUAUUUUUGACCAAUCAUAACACAAUGAACCGUGAAUUUAUUGUCAGGGUGCACUGCAUGACUCCGAUGACGAGUUCCACUUGACCGUUUAUGUAAACGUGAAUAUUUCUUUUUUUCAGUUCCUCUCGUCGCUCCAACUAACAUAACUGGGCAUAACACAAGCUCUACGUCUAUCUUCGUUGCCUGGCAACCAGUUUCCCCAGAAACAAAGAACCUCCGGGGCAUUCACCGUGGAUACAGAAUCUACUAUAUGCCACGUAAAACUUCCCGUCCGUCAGUGUUGAGUAACACAGCUGUCGAUGUCCAUACCUCGGAAGCGGAACUAGUAAAUCUCUACAAAUAUACCCUAUACGACAUAUAUUUGACAGUGCGAACGAGAUGGGACGGACCAAAAAGUGAAACAGUCACUAUUUCUACCGAUGAAGGAAGUAAGCUGUAUGGUUUUUACAUUUUUAUUUUUACAGCCUAAAUUAUGAUGGCCUAGGGCUUAACUAGCCAAAUUGUAAGGCCCCGACCCAGCUCUCCCUGUUUCGUAUUUAAACAAGGCACUCGCCUCCGUCCUCCUUUUGAGAAAACGAGACUAAAACAUGUUUAUUAACAAUUUCCACGUCUUACAUAUCAAUGGGGAAACAUUUUCAAUUUUACUGAAAACGGUAUAGUUUCUACCCCGAAUUAAAAAAAAACCUUCUCAAAGGUUCUCAGUUUACCAUAACCAUAUAAGCAACAUCUGUGCAGUUGCCUUUGUACUCAUCGUUUUUACUGUUUCUGCUUUAAUUUAUCCUUUUUAAUCCUAAUCAAUUCUAGUUCCAGACAGCCCCCCCACAAAUGUCUCUGCACACAGUAACAUGAGCACAGUUGUGGACGUUUUCUGGAACCCAGUAAUUCAAGAGGAUCAGAAUGGCAUCAUUCUUGGCUACCAGGUCAUCUUGUUCAAUACUUGGGAUGAAUUCUUACAAAAUGUAACUAUCAUGAAUUCCAACCAGUUAUAUUACCAGUUCAAGGACCUAGAACCGUGGGUCAACCGCUCGGUCAAAGUGAGCGCGUUCACAUCAAAGGGGACUGGGCCAUAUAGUCCCGGGGUUAUCACAACGUUUAACGAAGAUGGUAGGUUACUUUUCGAUUCCACUUCUUGUCACUACUUCUAACAGCAUCCGCCAAUAAUCUUCGGGCAAACAACCAUCAUUCACUUAGCCUCACCCUCGUGUUGCAUUACUAGACCUUAAACUACUGUCUAAUUUUCUCCUAUCCAGUCCCCCUCGUUGCUCCUGCAAAUGUUACUGGACACAACACAAGUUCUACCUCUAUCCUCGUCACUUGGACACCAAUAUCUCCCAAGGACAAAAACAUUCGAGGCAUUCACCGAGGCUACAGUAUCUACUAUGUACCACGUAACACUUCACGAUCGUCAUUGGCAAAGAGUGCUGCGGUCGAUGUUAAUGCCACGCAUGUAUAUCUGUCAAAUCUCUACAAGUAUACUUGGUACGACAUAUAUGCGACAGUGCGAACGCGAUGGGACGGACCAGAGAGUGAGACAAUCACUGUUUCUACUGAUGAAGGGGGUAAGUUGUGUCCUGCAUUAUUUGUUAAUCAUCCUACGGUCUGUUCCAAUGGGUGAAGGAGACGAAGAGGCCCAAGAUCCCUUUAUCACUCCAUCAGUUCCACGUCGAACCUCUUAGGAUAAAAUUUUUUUCUUCUUCGUCUUAUCUCGCAACGGAAAAGAAUUUGAACGGGCUAAACUAAGAUUUUAUUCUUGUGAACGGAUCACCCUUAACCCUUUGAGUCCCACUAGUGACCUAAACAGAAUUUCUCCUUACACUAUCAGUACGAUAUCAAGCUGACAAGUAAUGAGAAUAAAGAGAAACAUCAAAUAGGGGAUUAUUGGUUGAUAUAGUGUUAUGGUUGACAAUCGCUUCAUAAAAUGAAGACGACGAAUAUCACCAGGUUUUUGGAUAAGCUAACAGGGCUUUCAAUAGUUUUUUAUUGCAUUUUCUUCAUUUUUUUCAGUACCAGACCUCCCUCCGGCAGACGUAACGGCCAAGCUACUGGACAAGACGGAAAUCAGAGUACGCUGGGGUCUAGUCCCUUUGGGUUAUCGUUGUGGUAUAAUAACAGGAUAUAGGAUCUCUUACAACUCCAGUAACUCAAAUACCAGUUUUAUUGACGUCCUAAGUGACGCUUCAGACGUCAUUUUAACGUCACUUACAAAAUUUACCUUCUAUUACGUGUACGUUCAAGCUCACACCAUAAAAGGAAAUGGCCCGGCUCAUUAUCUGAAGGUUGCCACUUACAUGGGAGGUAGGGAAAUGACGUCACUUAAUAAGGCUUUCUUGAAAGUCGAAAUGAAUGAAAACUUCAUACAGCUUGUCCUUUAAGCAUGGUAUAGAAAAGCAAAAAAGCAGUCAUAUGGGAAUGUUGAUCUAUUAUCUUCCUGUCUCCCUUAUUUAAUGAGUUUCUCAAAAUCAAAACCAAAGUUAUUUCAACAACCAGUCAGAAGUAAAGAAAGUAACUCACGCGGCUGAUGAAGCCUGACAGUAGGCUCGUGCUAAUCGCAUCAAGCGAGAGAAAACGAUGGUGAAGUUGACUUAUAAGUUACGAUUGGUGAUUGGUUCAAAGGAUAGGGUUAGUUUUAUUUUAGACUAAUCGCAAAGCUUAUCUCAACCGGUUGAAAAUUUGCUCGAUUUCCAAUGCAUCAUUAUGAGCAAAUAUCACAGCAAGAAUUGACAAAGUCGAAACAAAAAUCUUCUAUUUUCGCACUCGGUAGGUUAGGAUAUUUUGGAGAUAAUUUUCGUCUUUUUCAUAUUGUUUUCAAGUUCCUAAUCUGGGCCCACCAGGACUUACAGCAGACAAUUGGAACACAACUCACUCAGUCACAAUCAGAUGGCAGCCAUUUCCUCUAUCAGAUGACUACGGAGAUCUUGCUGGGUUUCGAGUUCGGUAUCAAUUGGCGAAACUCGGAGACGUAUCUGUCUCACAAAGUUCUCGGAAGGAGCUGGUAACUGGUCCGGGAACCAAUCAGGUUUUACUGGAAAAUCUGGAACUGUAUGGGACUUACAGUGUUUGGGUGUCUGCUUUUACUCUCGAUGGUCACGGACCCGCAAGUUUUACUUAUGCAGGUUAGAUCUUGAAAAAAUCUUGCGUGAAAAUUUGUUAGCUUUUUUUCUCCCUUUUAACCCUAAGCCGCGUUCGUUACUAUCCCAAGGGGAGUCGUAAUGCCUUCAGCUGUAGGGAUCUCACAAACAAUUAAACGCCAAAAGCCUAAUGAGCAUCCUUUUACUCGAAUUCUUAUGGAUACAUGUGAAAGAACUAAUGGUUCUUGCCGAGUAUCCAUUCAUUUAGUGUUGCUCAGAUGUUAUGAGUUGCAUUUUCAAAGCACACUCUUUGAUCCUUGUUUUAAUCGUUAUAUAAAUGAUUUUAUUAAUCGCUUAUUCCGGUGAACACUUUCGAGAAGCCAUCGGCGGGACUCAGAGUUUCAUAAAAAACUUGCAACACAAUUUAAUUUCUUUCUUUCUUAUGCCCAUAGAAACAUGUCGCUGCAAUAAGCACCUCACAACAAACUGGCGCCAACUGCCACCCUACGUCAGUGAAAAAAAUGCGGACCUACCCCUUCCUGAUGGAAUUCUGGCUUCUGUCCUAAGUAAGAUGGCAGUUACGUGUUGUCAAACCUGCCAAAGUCACGGUGAGUCAUUCCUAGAAUUCAGUCUUGAUGGCGACAAGAGGAACGCUGAGAAACCCAGUGAUGCAGCUUUGAAGGAAGCGAUUUCAGAAAAAACUGAGUUUCAUUUUCCUAUCCCGGGAUCCAUGGAUCAAGAGAAGUUCGGCGCGGAGCAUGGGUACUGGCCGUUGGUCCAGACACCGGGCGUUGCUUAUAUCGUAAACACUGGUGACAGUUAUACGCCAUCAGAUGCACUAAAUGAUACUUUACUUGACUGCUGGGCUGCUUUGCUUGUGGUUUUUGUGACUUCUCUGCUGGCAGGACUUAUAAUAUGGAUUUUGGUGAGUUGUUUUUACAUUUUUUAGGGGACGAGUUCUACUUGCUUGUAUUGCGCGAGAGCCUGGCUCAAAAUAUGUUGAUGAUAGUCAAUGCAUUAAGACUCCAUCACACCGAGUUUAAGUGGGGGAGUGGGGAGGGGGAGAGGGAAGGGGAAAGGGGAUGUUCUUUCAGCCCCUGUCUCCACUCAUUGUAUUGGGUCAAUAAUAGAACUGUGGCUCAGUCAGAGAUUUGGCUGGUUACGUAAAGGGUUAUGGGUAGGCUGGUCAUACUUGUUUCCAAUGUUUUGUAUUGCUUUCGCUUGCGCGCUUCGUUCGCAGACACUCCACAACAAUGUACGUAUACCAUUGUUACUGCUCGUAACCUCACAGGCAAACUAGAUUGAAACAAUUCUAUCCGGAAAAAGAUUGUUAGCAGUGGUAAGAUUGAUCAGUUUAAGUUUGGCAUCAACCUAAAUGAGCCAGUAUUUGCAAAAUAAUUUGGGGACAGGAAAUUUAACGCCUAACAUGUUCUUUACAGGAAAGCGUGGAAAAUCGAGAACAGUUUCCACGAUCUAUAACGCGUGGGCCUGGUGAGGGCUUUUGGUGGGCAUUUGUUACCAUGACAACAGUUGGGUUAGUACUUUCUUAUGGUCAAUUGCACAAUUUUGAUAAACAUUUGCUUUUUCUUAAAUAUUUGUGUGAUAGGUUCGAUCAGAUUCGCUUGUAGAUUUGUCUAUGAACGGGUGCAAAAUAACUUCCAAGCUCAUGCAUGGAGUACGAGCACGUGGUCUGGCUAAUAUUCAAUAACCAAACAGCCAAUAGGCUUCGCAGAUUUUUAGUAUUUCAUGGUAAUUUAAAUUAUUUCUUCGCAGCUAUGGCGAUAAGUACGCGGUCUCUCCUGUAGCCAGAAUAUUUACCGUUCUUUGGAUGUUAGUUGGCCUGGUUACUCAGAGUCUCUUCGUUGCCACAGUAACAACGUCGCUGGUUUCCAAGUCUCUAGAUACUGACUAUAAACUCUACGGAAACAAGGUAGCAGAGCACUGAAAUUAAAAUAAUUGUCUUCUAUGAGGGCCACUGACAGUUUUUCUCUGAGAUAUACAAAGAUACCAGAGUUGCAUGUGGUGCAAUUUUCACCUGAAUGCCAAAAGUAAUCGAUCCGAGAUUGUUCUAGCUUCCAUUUCCUCAGUCUGUGAUUGGUCCAGAAAACCCCGCCAAUCCCUCAACCAAUUAGAUGCAAAACUUGACUCAAUUGUGCCUUAUUUUCCUUUCUUCUUUUUUCUGAUUAGCCGUCGCGAUAACUUUGUAACUUUUUGUGCGGCACUCAAUGCAAGAGCACUAAUUUUAGCAAUAAAAUUUCCGGGUCAUACCUUAAAUCCUUGUUAUCUUACUUUCGAACUUGCUAAUUUCUUUUGUCUCUAAAGGUUGCUGCAAUUCAAGACUCCUUUGAAUAUCGCUUUGGGUUGAGACGGAACGCUCAGGUUAAUUCUGGUAAGUACAACAAUCCAGAACGAAAAGGAGGCAAACACGAGGACGAAGAUGUAUUUGUUAGAAAUGGUUAGUGCGUGCUCUGUACAUCGGCUCGAUUGGUCUGGUUUCGAGUGUCGGCCAUGGAUAUCAUGUCAUGUUCUUGGGGUAUAACACUUCACUCUCUCAGAGCCCUUUCCACCCAAGAUUGAAUCCAGGUUUUUUAAGGGUUACCGGGAAACUGUCAGGGAAGACCGAUGUAAAGCUAAAGGGGGGGGGGACAACCUGUGAUAAAAAAAGAACAUCCUUCUUAGAAAGGGGGGUAAUGCUCUUCAUCGCUUUUCUCCCACAGUGCCCCUCUCCACUCAAGAUCCAACCCAUGAGUAUGAAGGAUACGAGAAAUUUGUUGUGGAAACUGAAAGAACUAUCGUGGGGGCAACCCGUGAUACAAAUUUUCCCGUUGGGAUGAGAGUACAAAUCCUCUCAGUCUCAGAUAACCAGUUUACUUUUCUUUCUCAUCUAGAUAACCAGUACACGACUUAUGAAGAGAUUGUCGAGGCGUUGUUAGACGGUGAAGUGACAGGAGCCUUAAUUGAUGCAUACGUUCUUGGUAGCAGAAAGGAUUUGUUUGAAAAUCCCUCUCUUCGAGUCAUUAAAGUCUUUGACUAUUCCUCAGCGUACGGACUGGUGCUUAGCGGUGAAGCUAAAAAGCUCAGAACGUGCUUUGGAAAAUUUGCACAAAGCCACAAGAAAGAAAUUUUUGAAACUAUAGAGAGUCACGUCGAGUCUGUGGAGGUUAGAAGCCUACAUUACCCACAUAUGAUAUGUGGAUAAUCUUUUGUUGGCCUUCUGAAGGCUUUCAGCGAGUACAGAUGAGCGCCGGUAAAAGCGAGCGAGUAGUCUCUCGCUCGGCUUAAAACCCGAUUACCAGGAGCAGGUUAAUUUUCCGUGUUUUUGAAGAAGUCAAAUGCGGAGCGAUUUAAAAUGGACGAUUAAGCGCCAACUAGCAGUAGACCGACUGGUAUUAAUUACUUAUGGGGGGGGGUGAAUGUUCUCAUGAUUCCUCCCUCAUUGGUAGUUAGUUGGCAAUCAAAAUAGCCUCCACUUUACACUCUGUUCGCGACGACUGAUUCCCUCCCUGUUUUCCCUGAAAACCGUGUCAAAAAUCACUCACACACCCCCCCCUUCGUUCCCCUUAAAAACCAUGUCAAAAAUCGCUCACCACCACCCCUGUUCCCCCUGAAAACCACCUCAAAAAUCACCCACACCCCCCCCUCCGUUCCCCUUGAGAACCAAGUCAAAAAUCACCCACCCCCUCCCGGCGACAAAUAAUGAAUGGUAUCCAAAGGUUAUGUAUUUAAUAAUAGCCUCUUAGCAACCUUCUCAUAUCUUACUUGUGUUUGUGGCAUUAUUGAUCAUUUUGAUUGAAAGUUAUCAAUUGCUUUCUCCAGGAAUCCUCGAUACCACUUGCAGUGGAAAGAACUACUGGGUUGUUUGAUAUCGAGGGUUCAAUGUUCCAAGCAGCUCUUAUUUUAUCGUCUGCUUUGUUGCUGGUGUUUGUUAUAGCAGGACUUUUGUGGGAGUUGGUAAAGAGAUUGAAAAUUCGACGAAUGGUUGCAACUGAUGGUGAGUAAAACGAAAAAAGAAGGGCUUUCUCAUUCUGAUUUUCGAAAUGAAAUUGUUUUGGCUUUCAAAACUUAAAUUGGCCACCGUAAAGAGUAAAAAAGCUGACGUUUCGACCGUUAGCCCUUCGUCAGAGCGAUUGGAAAAAUUGCUCCAAAUAUUUGGCCAAUAAAAUACAAUUUUGGUGCCAGUCGUGACUAGUUCACGUGAUUUCUUUCGUAGGUCAUAUGGAGUUGGUCAAGUGAUUGUUUUGAUUGGUUCAUAGGAUUGAUAUUGUUAUACACCGGGUCAAAACAAAGCACGUAUGACAAACUUUAUUAAGCCAAUUGUAAAGAAGCUUAUAUAUUAACUGAUACUGUAGCCAGUCAGACUCACAAUUGAAGCUAUUAAACAUUCCAUGCUCAGAAUAAAUUUUUUGGAAAAUUUAUUCAGCUCACCAUUGAUCAUAUCAUUGUUUUAUCCAUUUAGGAGAUCGUUUGAAGCUAUUGACACAGAAUACAAAAAGCGAAAUGGGUGGCACUGUGAAAGAUUUUAUAACGGGAAUAGAAGCUUUAACAGAAGAACUGAAAUCUAAACACUCGAAACAGAGAAGAAAUCUUGUAAAGACACUGAAGUCAAAGCAACAGAAGGGCGUAUCUUAUAAUCUUAACGGGCGUUUUACAGAAGAAUCUACGAGUUAACUAAAAAUAAGUUGUGGCAGAAAUAGAGCGCGUCAUUCUCUUUGAAGUCAUGCAGCCCUG